AUGAUCCAAGGGCUGGAGUACCUCUCCUACGAAUAUAGGCUGAGAGAGUUGGGGUUGUUCAGCCUGGAUAAGAGAAGGAUCCGGAGGGACUUUAAAGUGACCUUUCAGGGUGACAGUGUCUUUGGGAAAGUUGUUUUGUGGCUUGGAAGUCCUCAGAUGACUGGAAACUACUGGGUUGCUCAUGUUGUACCCAGUAGUAGUAGUAGAACUCUGAACAGCAACUCAGUUCAGUUCCUCAGUAUGCUUGUAGAUGUGGACCUUAGGUGCUACAGGGUUCUUAACUUAUUGACUGUUCUUGCUCCAAUAACUACUCUUAUUAAUCAUAAGGAUAAACCAAAGCGUUCUGACAAGACUCUGCAAGCAAUUCAGCGGGUGGGCCAAGCAGUUAAACUGGCAGUUGGAAGAUUUGUUACAGUAGGUGAAGCUAUAGCCAAUGAAAAUCAUGAAUUGAAAGAGGAAAUGAGUGUUGCUUGCAUCGAGGCAAGGAGAGCAGGUGAAACAAUCGCACAGCUCACAGACGUGGCAAGCUUGGAUCAUCCAGAAUCUGAUAGCCACAUAACAAUCUUUACGGACAAAACGGGUGUUGUAAAAGCUGCAAGGUUGUUGCUUUCUUCUGUCACAAAGGUGCUGGUGUUAGCAGACAAAAUUGUUAUUAAGCAAAUUAUAACUUCCAGAAACAAGGUUCUUGCAACAAUGGAACAACUCGAAAAAGUCAGUAGUUUUCAGGAGUUUGUGCAAAUAUUCAGCCAGUUUGGAAAUGAAAUGGUAGAGUUUGCCCACUUAACUGGAGAUCGGCAAAAUGAUUUGAAAGAUGAGAAGAAAAAGGCUAGAAUGGCAGCAUCCAGGGCUGUUCUUGAGAAGUGCACCAUGAUGCUUCUGACUGCCUCAAAGACUUGUCUGAGGCAUCCAGACUGUGAAUCUGCUCGCAUAAACAAAGAUGGAGUUUUUCAUCGGAUGAGGUUAGCCUUGGAACAGGUAAUAGAAAUUGUGACUGACUCCAGACCAAAUGGAGAAAAUGAAAUGGCCCCCAUCAGCAUAUAUUCUGGCAUCAAAGAAUUCAAGAAUAAGGUGGAGGGUCUUCGUGAGAAUCUGUGUUUUCUCUCAAAAGAGAACCUUUCCACAAUGCUGGAAGUUAUCCUGGAACAUACGGAAGACUUCACAGACUCUGCCUAUACCAGUCACGAGCACAGAGAACACAUUUUGGAGCUGUCUAAGCAGGCUAAGAUGGAACUAGAGCAGCUGGUUUCAGUGUGGAUGCAAGCUCAAAACCAAAAGACAAAGGAUCUCAUGGAAGACUUGGAAGUAGCCAUUUUAAAAACAUGCCAGUGCAUGAAUGAACUUAAAAGAGAGGUCCACAGUGCAGCAACGUCCUUUGCAUCAGAUCUGCUAAAAUACCAUACAGAUCAUAUGGUUCUCAAAGCAUUAAAAAUCACAGGAGUAGAAGGAAAUCUUGAAGCUGUAGCAGAAUAUACUUGCAAGUUGUCAGAACAGAAAGAACAACUUGUUGAGAUGUGUCGCUUAUUGAGGCAUGUUUCUGGAACUGAGCCCCUCGAGAUUACUUGCAUACAUGCAGAAGAUACCUUUCAGGUCACUGGCCCACAGAUAAUUUCUGCUGCAGAAACACUGGCAUUACAUCCAUCGAGCAAGAUUGCAAAAGAAAAUCUUGAGGUGUUCUGUGAGGCCUGGGAGUCUCAACUGAGUGACAUGUCUUUGUUGUUAAGAGAAAUCAAUGAUGUGUUUGAAGGAAGAAGAGGAGAGAAGCGUGUCUACCUAUCACUGCCCAGACCAGGGAAGCAUAAUGCAAAUCUGAAAGCAUUAAAGCCAGUCAAACUAGAUACUGAGGAACAGGCCAAAAUUGCAAAACUUGGAUUAGAAUUGCAUCUCCUCACAUCUGAUGUGGAUUCUGAGACAGAGAAAUGGGAGGAUCAGGAGAAUGAGAUUGUGCAGCAUGGACAAGGCAUGUCAAGUAUGGCCUACUCCAUGUAUUUAUUUACCAGAGGAGAAGGACUUCUGAAAACAACUCAAGAUUUAUUUCAUCAAGCAGAGAUUUUUGCUACAGAGGGCGCAAAGCUUGCUUCAGCUCUUCAUGCCUUUUCUGACCAGGUACAUGAUGAUGACAAACCUUUGCUUCUGUUGGAGGCUGAAAAGCUGAUCUCUUUGUGCAGUCAGCUCCAGAUAACAGCUAAAGCUUCUGUUCAGGGUAAAAGUGCUACAUUUACAAAGGUUGACGCCUGCAUCCUGAAAACGAGGAACAUAAUGACUCUGUUAUGCCAACUUCUUCCACUUUGCUGCAAAUUACUGAGAAAGAAUAAAGCAGGAAAUGGCUGUCUCAAACCUGCUCCACCGUGGAGAGAAGACAGAAUACGAACUGGUACAAAUGCACAUACUCCAGAAAGGAGAGCCGAGACAUUUGGCAUCAAGUCUUUAGAAAAUCAUGUAACAAACAUGACAUUUUUAGAGAGCAAGUAAUUUUAGCACUUAGAAAUACAGGAACUCUCAUUUGAAAGUAACACUCACUGAAUUAUCAAUAUUGCUUUCAUUUGUGGAAAGUCAAACCA